AGCCAAAAGGGCAGCCCUCCUACACAUUUCAAACCCAGCAAGAACUGUAACAAGUAGCAAAAGGGCAGAGAGAAGGACAUGUUAAUGCUCUCGUUAAGCAGAGGGUUUAAUACAAGCAGUCGCAAGCUCUUCCCAUCCCUCACUUCAUUUUCUUUCUCCUCUUCCACCUCUUUCUCUCUCAUGGCAUUCUCACCUUCUAGGGUUUCCACCUUCUCAACUGGGUCCCCCAUUACCUCCCAACUCAAGCGCAUCGGCACCCACAAUGGCAGCUUUCAUUGCGACGAAGCUCUUGGUUGCUUCAUGAUUCGCCUCUCCAACAAAUUCUUUGCUGCUGAAAUUGUUCGAACCCGCGACCCCCAGGUUUUGGAGACAUUGGAUGCAGUAUUAGACGUAGGAGGUGUGUAUGAUCCAAGCAAUGAUAGAUAUGAUCAUCAUCAAAAGGGUUUUGCUGAGGUUUUUGGACAUGGGUUUAAUACUAAACUUAGUAGUGCUGGUCUUGUUUACAAGCAUUUUGGGAUGGAGAUAAUUGCAAAGGAGUUGAGGCUUGAUGAAGGACACCAAGAUGUAUUUCGGCUAUUCAUUGCUGUCUAUAGAAACUUUAUGGAGGCUAUUGAUGCAAUUGAUAAUGGAAUCAAUCAGUAUGACACUGACCAGCCUCCAAGAUAUGUCAACAACACUCAUUUGUCUUCAAGAGUUGGAAAACAUAAUUUGGAUUGGACAGAUCCUGAUCAAUCAGCUGAGAACGAGAACAAAGCCUUUGAGAGGGCGAUGAAUCUAGCUGGUGGCGAGUUUUUGGAUAAUCUCCGACAUCUUGCAAGAUCAUGGUUGCCAGCUCGAUCAAUUGUGGUGGAAUGUCUCUCGGCAAGAAAAGAUGUCGACCCUAGCGGAGAGAUUAUGGUCUUGGACAGAUUUUGUCCUUGGAAACUCCAUCUUUUUGAACUCGAGCAGGAGAUGAAGAUUGAUCCUCCUGUCAAAUAUGUCCUUUACCAGGAUGAUAGGAGCAAACACUGGAGAAUCCAGGCAGUGUCAGUAGCCCCUGAUAGAUUUGAGAGCAGGAAGGCUCUUCCGGAAGCAUGGAGAGGUUUGAGGGAUGAUGAUUUAUCCAAGGGGUCAGGCAUCCCUGGUGGUGUAUUUGUUCAUAUGAGCGGUUUUAUUGGCGGAAAUACAACUUAUGAGGGUGCUCUUGCCAUGGCUAAAGCUGCUUUGAAAUUGUGAGCUUGCAGACUACCUUCACUUGGAAAUUGGAAGAUGAGGCAGAUGGUGAUUUGAGAGAGUUAACCAUUUACUAGUUUUUGCUCAUGAGACUAUUCUUUUAUUAUUAAGUCCCCACCGUGAGUUUGGGUUUACUUAAAUACUUGCACUUUUAGAUCACAUAAUAUUGUUUUGAGUUGUGUGACAAAGUUGAUCUGUUACAAUCAGAAUUGUUUGGUA